CUGCGAGCCGCUGUCCCUGCGCCGGGUCCUACCUGGCUGCACCGACCUGCUGCGCCCACCUGGGCCGCCCUGCCUGGCGCUGGCCCGCGCCCUCGACGACCCCGACGCCCAGGUGUGCCCAGGUGUGUCCAGGGGAGGGCGUGGCACCGCCCAGGUGUGCCCAGGUGUGACCCAGGUGUGUCCCCAGCCCGAGCUGCUGCUGGCGCUGCUGCGCGAGGCCGUGGAGGCGCAGGAGAGCCGCACCCAGGAGGUGCUGUCGGGCCAGGGCCCCGAGCGGCACCUGCAGCGGCUGCGCCAGGCGGCGCUGGCGGCCGGGGAGCCGCUCCCCGAAAUCUUCCUGGACCCCACCUACGCCCAGGCCACGCACUUCCGCCUCUGCACCCUGCAG